AUGUUCCGCAGCACGGUAGUGACGUUGCUUUUCGUUGGAGUGAGUCUCUUGGUGUUCGCUCCCGGUGGCAUCCUUGGCGCUGGUGACUUUGGAUUGUCGUACACGGUGCCCGGAUUUGACGCAAGCUUCCGCAGUAACAUCGGUGCCGGUGUGGUGGCCAUCGUGAAAGCCAACGCAACGCUCGGCAAGUACGAUGUGACGCUGGAUCGUAGCGGUGUGACGCUGGUGUUGUUCGGGGUGGCAAACAACCUGACCACCCCCCUCAAUCGACUGCUUGGCCACGUGGCAGCAAGCUUCGGGGCGAACAGUACGACGGUCGUGCUUUCCAUGUUCGAUGACAUCCAGAAACUGAAAGAACCAACGGUAGCCGCUCUCGAUGUUGCCAAGAAAGCGAUCGUCUCCCUCGAUGGCACACUCGGAGCGAAUGCGAUCGGAAGUGUGGCCGCCAAUGUGACCACGAUUGCUACCGAAGUGGCCACCCUGGUGCAAAAUCUACCAGCACUCGGGGAAGCCGUGAGCAAAGCCGGCGAGCCCGGCUCUACCUACGAUGCGUCCAACAUUGCCACGCUCAUCACCUCCGAUCUCGCUCAAUCACUGAUCGCACCGAUCGGUUUGAUUAACGCUGGGCUCAACGACAUAGCGACGGUGUUCGGAGCGAUCGCGAAGGAACGCACCACUGCCAUUGGCCACGAGAUGGCCACAAACACGAGCCUGCAGUCGUUGCAGCAAGAUCUCGCGAACCAUUUUACCGUUUUUACCCGUUCCGUGGCCGAUACGGUGCGCCAGAUGGAGCAGCAAAGCAACGAUACGACAAGGCAGGUUCGCGAUGAGUACAAUCGGCUCCAGAAUCGGAUUACCGUAGUGCCGGCUGAGAACGAGGGAGCGCUACGGAACUUUACCGAUGCCAUCACGGCGCAGGGAUUGGAGCACAAUCGGCUCAUCAAGAUGCAACUGAACGAGCUUUCUAGCAACUACACGACCACGCUGCAGACGGUAGCGGAUGCACUGGCGGCGGAGCUAAGGAAUGCCACUGCUCGGUUUGUGGAUGAGGCUUCGCUGGCCGGGGCCAGUGCUACCUCGGAGCGUUGUUUGCAGCGCUCGGUAGCGGAUUUUCGGAAAGCGGAGUACGCCCUUUCGAGGCUCUCGAGCUGCAGCCAGGCCGAUGGUCGUACGCUGAAUUCCCUGACGACGGUCAGUCGAUCGUAUUUCGAGUUGCUGCGCUUUAGUUCCGUGUACGCGAACCAGGCACCGACGGUCUGCGCCCAGGGUUCUAUCGAUUGUACCGCGGUGUAUCUGGCUGCUCUGCAGGAGCUACAGACGCAGAAUGGCAUCCGGUUGGACAGCUUCGAGUCGUUGUUGCGCGUCGAGCUGGCCGCACUGAGCCAACGCUAUGACAUUUGUGCCCGAGCGAUCCGAACCGAUAUCGAUCAUCACAUCCAGACGACGCAGGAAAAGUUUAGCAAAUGUCUCGUGACGGGCAGAUAG